AGGAAAGUUUAACGUCUGCCGCCCGCUGACGCGCGUUUCCCGUUCAUCCCAACAGGAACGAGGAAUGGCGUUUUUCCGGUGAUGGCUUGCGUCCGCGUCACCGCUCUUGAUGUUCACGGACCCAUUCACUGUCAACUGAUUAGGGUUUACUGAUGAGUGUUUGCAUUCCACCGCUUGGCAAUCCUCCGAGGACUACAGCGGAUCGGAGGUUGAAGUUUGUGUCCUCCAGCAGUGCUGGGUUGCACAAUUGAUUGUUGGAGGUUUUUUCUGUCGUUUUUUAGGUUCGCAGUAGGACUGGCUUCGGUUGUUGGAGAUGCUGUUGCCUUGUAUUGUCUGUGUAUGAUGUGAAUUUUUUAUUAAAAAAUUUAGAGGGUCGUCUGUUGUCUGCAGUCAUUUACUCAAUUUUGAUGUGAAGAUAGCUGGGAGACUGAUCGUGAUUAAGUGAGGAGAAGCCGCGAAGGAAUUUGGAGUAGGGAGGUAGAAAAGUUAGGGUUAAUCGCUAGCGCCGUUUUCCAGGUAGUGAAGAAGUUGAAUUUGGUUUUCAAAUGGCGCCUCCGGUGGAAGGGCUCACAGAAUGUCUAUAUGACACUUUGGGAGUAGAGCGGACCGUGGAUCCGGAUAAAUUGAAAAUUGCCUAUCGGAAGAUGGCGAUGAAGUGGCAUCCGGAUAAAAUUCAGCAGAGCGGGGCAGGUGCAAGUCCUGACGAUUACCAGAAAGCUACGGAGCGGUUUCAAAUGAUCAAUCGGGCCUAUGAGGUUCUUUCUGAUCCUGUAGAAAGGACUUGGUAUGAUUCGCAUCGAGAGAGGAUCCUCAAUGCAUCUUCAUCGUCGAACUCUGCCAAUGCGGCUCCUGGUGAAUUCGAUCUGAACUUGUGGCCAUACUUCUCCCCGUCUGCUUUCUCAGGUUUUGGUGAAACCGGAAACGGUUUUUACUCCGUGUACAGUGAAGUGUUCAAGAAGGUGCACAUGCAGGAGCAAGUGUUCGGUCGGAUGUAUGGUAAUGGCGACGUAAGUGCCGCACCUGAGCUUGGAGGGAAGGAUACACCUUACCAAAAUGUAUAUUCUUUUUACCGAUACUGGCAAGGGUUUUCUACUGUCAAGGAUUUUGCAUGGUGUGACAAGUAUGACGUGUUGCAAGCGCCGAAUAGAAAAGUUCGAAGACUCAUGGAUGAGGAAAAUAAUAAGGUUAGGAAGCGGGAGCGUAAAGAGUUCAAUAAUUCCGUCAGGCAGUUGGCGUCAUUCGUGAAGAAACGUGACAAACGAGUGAUCGAGAAGCAAUUGGAGCUGCAAAUGAUACAGAAACAGAAGGAACAGGAACGCAAGGCCCGUCAACUAGCCCUUGAGAAAGAGAAGCAAGAGCAGAUCCGGCUCUACAAGGAGCAAGCGUGGACAGUACCAUCUGAUCAGGAGGAAGAGGAGUGGGACAGUGACGAAGACAGUGACUAUGAUGGUACUGCCAAAUUAGAGAAAACUACUGAGGAAUUGGAGUGUAUGAUCUGCAGUAAGCGGUUUAAGUCUGUUAAGCAAUUGCAAAACCAUGAACGGUCUAAGAAACAUUUAGAGAACCUAGCAGCACUGAAGGGAGCAUUUCGCAAUGAUGACGAGCAAGUAGAAAGGUUAGGGAAGCAAUUAGGAAUUGAUAUUUCAAGUACGAAGAGACUUAAGAAAGGCAAAGCAGACGUGGGCAGCGAUGAAGUGCAGGAGCCAGCUGCUGGUUCUGAUGCUCAAAGUGGUCUGGAGGGGAAGGAUCCAAACAUGGGAAUCAGCAGUUAUGAGGAAGGCCCCGAGGUAGUGAGUGAUGCGGAGCCACUCCGUAUGCCCCCGACAGUUAAUGAAAUAGAUGGUAACCCUUCAUUAAUCAGCAAGGACAACCAGAGUGAUGAUAGUAUCGAUGAUAUUCUACAAGAUUCACAUAAUGAGCUGAAGGAAGAGGAUGUUCCACUCAAAGAACCGAUUAGCGGUGAGGAAGAAAUCUCUGAUGCGGAGGAGGACACUGAUAGAAUGCUUGCAUAUAUGUUGAAACUUCAACGAAGCCGCUGGGCAUCAUCAGCAUUGCCACCAGAAACCGUAUCCCCCGACGAAAGACUCGGCAGCAUGGAGAAGUCUCGAGCAGAAAGCAUCCCUGAUGACGAAGAAGUUGAUGAGGAUGAUAUGCUUGCUGCCAUGUCAAGUCUCCAGCUGAACAAGCAGAAAGCUUCUUCUUCUGAAAUGGAUUCUGAGGCUAGACAAACGGAGGACACAAGAAACGAUGUUGUAGAGAAGGCAGGUGUUCUAUCACGGAGUGAGGAAUCUGUAGUGGAGGAUGGAGAUAUUGAUGAUGAUGAUGAGAAGCCAAAGAAGGGUAAGUCAAGGCGGAGGGCUAAACAAGAUCGAAAACAAGCGGCUAUCUCUAAUCGUUUCGCCACCCCUUCAACUGACCUUGAACAACCAGAAUCAGUAUCACAAAAUGGCGACGCUACUUCCGACACAGGGGGCCCCUCCAUUGGAGCAAACGAGAACGUUCGUGCUGUUAGUGAAGUUCCCCAGGUGAAGCACUCGAAGUUGGCCCAUCGGGGUAAAAAGAUCAAGAAAGAGAAGCUUUUGCAGAAGGGUGCAAAGCAAGAUAGCCACACUUGUCAAACAUGUGGAGAAGAUUUCGAAUCAAGGUCGCAGUUGUUCAAACAUAUUGCAGCGACUAAUCACGCUAUUCUUAAGUCGAAGUAGACUAGUUGCCAUCACUUCAUCCAGCUCGGCAUAAUUAUCAGCCCUUGGAAAUGUUUUCUGAAAACAUGUUUGGAGGUCGUGGCUGUAACUCUGUAUUGUACCAAUAUGCCGGCGUCCUACAAUUGUGGCCACAAAAUAUUUAAUCCAGUAAUGACCUAGUGAUAUUAUGGACACUUGGGUAUCAUGGUCUCGUUAGCCUUUACAGAGUGGGUGAAGCUUUUGGAGGGAGUAUGUGCUUUGAUGUCAAGACGACUACCAACAGUAAGUUCCUCAUCUGCUUGUCCCCGUCUUUAUUGUUUGGUGGCAAGCUCGAAUAUUUGUUGUCUUCAUCUUUUUGUUCAAUCCAAUGGAUUUAACAUUUCAACA